AUGCGCAAUGAUGAGCUCCUUCUUGACGUCAUUGUUAUCAUUUUUUUCAUCUUUGGAUUAUUUGGAAAUGUUAAUGUUAUUGUGGCCACGUACAGGAAGAGAAGAAUUCGCAGCAAAAUAGGUUUUUUUUUUGCUUGCAAAUGACACUUGAAGUAAUUUGGGAAAAGUUGUUUCAAAGCCUCUCUCAAAAAGCUUAUUGUCCGUUCAAAAUGGCUUUCUGUGGUAUUUUAAUGCACCGGAGCCCUUUACGAAAUAGGGCGAUGAAACCUUUUUUGGAUUUUUUUAUCCCAAAAAAUUAGCUGUGGCUGAUUGGGCUCAAAAAGUUUUCAGUUUUGGGAAAUUUGCACAGUUUUCAGUUGAAAAAAGCGUUCAAAAAUUUUUAUUUCUUAGCCUGUAUCUCAGAAGUUUUACCUCGACUUAAAAAAAUUUGAAAGAUAAUUCAUUUUUUUCAGGAUGUCUGUUAUUCAUUCUUGUCUGUGCUCACAACAUUUGCCUAUUCUGUGAAGUUCUUGGAGUCGCUCAGAGAUUAAGGUAAUUGUCAAAAGUUUCAAAGUUUGGAACAGCGAAAAAUUCUCUUGAAAAGAUAUUUUUCUUAUCAAUUCGAAGUUCACUUCAGCAUUCAAAAAUGUUCUUUUUUCGAGUUUUAAAAUUAGCUGAGAUGAUAAAUCGAAUUAUUUAUAUAGUUGAAAUUAAUAUUGUUCUUAUUUCACAGGUUAAGUAAUACUAUAUUCAAAAACAUGAAACGAGAAAGUUUUUUAACUCUUUUUUUUCUAGAUUCCGAUCAAUGGAACGACUCGAUUGUCUGAAACACAGCGCUGUCUAUCUUUUCGCCCUCGUUUUCCAGUCAUUUUUGUUUCUGAUGAUUGCCAUCGACUUGUCAUUUGGGAUAUUGCUACCUUUUAGGUUGAUGACACGAAAAAUAAUUAUUUUAUCAAGUUAUACCUAGUUCAGCCAUCGAAUUUGGUCUCGAGGAAAAUAUCUUGUUUUGUGCUGUAUCCCGCCAUUUUUGAUGUCAAUUAGCGUCGUUUCGACAAGUUUUUAUUUCAUGACUGAUGACGUCGUCGUCGUUUGCAAUCCAGCUUUUGGUAAGAAAAAAAAAAUUGAAAGCUUUUCACGGUUUUGAAAAAAAAGAUCAAAAUUCAGAACAGUAAACUUUUAUAGACUUUUUUAUAAAUUAAAUUAGAGCGCUCCAGCGAAUUUUCCAUCUGAUUAUCUCAUUACGGGCGUUUUUGAACCUUAUUUUAGAACGAGAUUUUCAACAAUGCCUGAAAGGUCAUUGAAAAUCAAGAAAACUCACUUUUGGGUCUGAUUUUCGAAAUGUCAACAGAUUUAUUGAAGUUCCUUGUAAGUCUCCUCUCAAACUGGUUAUAUAUUAGAACCAAUGAUGAAUCAAUUUUUAAAAUUUUUUAUCUUUGAUAAAUUUUUCCAGCCCCGCCCCCAGUCGUUUACCGGACUGGAUCGGCCAUUGCUUUGCUAGCGAAUUUAGCUGUUGUUGGCCUCUCUGUUGGUUCAGUAUCAUUCAUGGUCAGGAAAAGUUAGUUUUCUCUUUGAAAACUUCUUCGAGUUGCAACUUGAAUCUACUUUCAUAGUUCAUUUCAUUGCCAUUUUCAUCGAGGAUAUAAGCUUUAUCGAUUUUAUCCGAAUUUUCAGUUCUCAGUUUAGUAAUUUGUCGAAUUCGCUCGAACUUGAAGAUUAAAAAAGAAAUUUACAUCAAAUUUACAUCUUUUAAACGGAGUUGACCUCACUGAAACUCUAUGAAAGUGGGAAGUCCAAAAAUGAAUUAUUUUAUUCCUUUUCUUAUCUGAAUUUUUUUUAAUGGUGUAUUGUAGGAUAAGAUUUUCCUUUGUUAGGAAUAAUGAGAUAAUUGAAAUAUUAACUAUUGAAAAGUAUAAAAAAAUUCCUAGAAGAGAAUAAAAAAGAAAAAAAAGAAAGCAUGUACAAAUCGCAGCUGUUUCUAGUGUUUUUCGAUAUUUCUUGUUGAUGUGCUCUAUAGCAAACUUCUAGGUAAGGAGAUUCGGGGCCGAAGAAAGACAAGCUCCAGAUUUGAUAGCACCAUCUCUCUUAGAUCCGUCGAUGAGCAUUUCAAGGUAUUUUCUGUCCAAAAUAGCUUUCUGAAGUUUCCAAAGGUGCAUUCAGGGCUGAAUCGACUUGCAAAAAAUUUUUUUUUCGUCAAAACUUUUAUGAACUUUUCCUGUGAUCCCCAAAAUCCUCAGAAAGCUCUUCAAACGUUUAUUUUAUGAAUCAAAAUCACGAAAUUGAAUUAUUGAGAUGUUGCGAUCGGCAACGAUUCUGAUUGGGGUCUUCAUUUGCUCCUGGCUGGUUUCAACCGUCGUUUUCAACUUCAUGACUUCUUAUUUCCCUGAAACGACGGCGGAACGAUACGAGAAAUAUUUGGUAAUAUUUUUAAAAGUAAACACGAAAGUUUACUAUUCGGCUCAAGAUUAUUUUUAUUUAUUAAUCUUCACAAAGUUUUUUGAAAUAACUAUAUUCAGAUCGUCAUCGUGAUGCCAACCUACUGCCAAACCUACUAUGUGACUUAUUUCCGAUCAGCGAGGUAUCGAAACGCUUUCCGACAGCAAAUAAGAUGGAUGACAUGCCGGAAACCAUUGGAAGCUAGAAGAAGAAGCACCCGAAACGAUCAGCCCCCGGAAUCUCUCACAUUUUGAUUUUGAUGUUUUUUUCAACAGGUUUUCCUUUUUUCACUUUUAUCCGUUGAUCUCUGGCUGAAUUCGUUCACUUUUUUUUGGUCAGUAAUGGCGUUUUUUGAAAGAACUAAUGUAGACAUUGGUUUAUUAAAAUUUGAAAAAGUUUCAAGUGGAGGAAGCGAUGAAGAAUAAGUCCAGAUGAGUACGGGAACUUUCGACACCGCUAACAUAGUUCAGAGAGACUGUCAGGAAUCAUUCGUCGUUCAAAGCAGAAUCCUAGCUUUUCAAACUGGUCAACUUGUGUCAGUAUGAAUUGAGGAGUUUUGAAACUCGUCUUCGGCCAUAAUUAUCCGAGACAAUGGCUCAAGAAGACCAUGCGCCAAAAAAUAUUGAUAAGAAAAUUUACUGAUGGGCUUCUACGCACGUAUUCUUGCUCGAGGACGCCAGCCCCAACAAAUAAAAAUUGACUCGAACUCUGUGGGGACGUUUUAUGAGCCGAAUGUUCAUUGACAGGGAUUUCGCAGAUAAUUUCAUCUGUCAUCUACGGCAGAGGACCAUCGAAGUGAAUCAACAGUGGAGGAACUUGUCGAGAUGAUCUACCAAUAACUGAAUGACAAACUCGGCGGUCACCCAGAUUCAAAAGGUCAGCUCUUGGAAGGCCCCUGGUCCGGUUCAUUCAAGGAUCAGCAAGGUUUCCAGGCCAGCUCGCCAAACGAAGAACUGUCAUAGAUUCUUAAGAUUUUGUAUCUGCGGGAAAAGUAUGCCAUCCAUCGCUCGUCUCGUCGUCACUCAAGUUGUUGACUGCAACGAUUGCAAACCUGCUGUAUUCUACGAUACAUCCCAGCGAGCCCUGAGGAAGGCAGAAUGGAAUGUACGCCCAAAUAAUUGA